GCGAGAGAACGAGUUACGCCAGCGGCUCAAUGAGGUCAAUGAGUGGAUUGCAAUUUUUGAAUCCACUCUUGAUAGUGCCGAGCGUAGCAUAGGCAGAAGACUGGAAGCAGAGCAAGGCUUGGCCACUCAUGAGCCAGCAGUAAUUAAUGAGGAAGAGGCGGCUAUGGCUCCGCUUCCUGAGGACAGUGACAACUGGAUGUCAUCUCAGGAGCCAGCCAGUUCAGCUGAACGAAGCACCGUGGUUGCUGAGACACCAAUGGAAGUCGAUGAGCAACCAAGAGAAGAAAUACGGGAGCUAGUAUUGAGAAACCGGACUAUCUGCUUCCCGGUACCAGCUUCUCGAACGGUGCGAUCUAAUGCAGCGACCAAAGUUUUCCACGCUGCAGAUGUCGAAAUACUGCCGGACCAUUUUAGAAGAGAGUUGGUCCAAUCUUCGCAGGAUGCAUAUAGAGUGAUCACUGAUGGUGAUUGCUCGUAUAUAAUUUGCUGCUUAUGUGAGCGUCGCUUCAAUACGCUUAAAGGGUGGCGUAUACAUGCUUCAAGAAUGCAUAGAAAAGACGGCUUUUGUUCAAGUUGUGGCCACUACUUGGUUUUGCCGUCAACGUUUAGUGCGCCCCAGAAAGAAGCAGCAGUAGAGCUCCAUGUACUUGAUUGGUGUCCAUGGGCUCGAACGCCUAUCAUAAAUGAAAGAAAAAACAAGCGACGUCGAUUGGACCUUGUUGGAAGAGAUGAUGACGCGAGGCUCCUAUUCAUCCCAGGUUUGGUGAUAAAAUAA